AUGUUGGUACGCAGAAGGCAUGGCGUUCGUCCGUCAUCUGUCUCCAACUUCUCCAUCUCUGCCUCCUCCUCUUCUUCCGACGAAGCAGAUACGCCAUUGCCUCACCGGCCUCAGCGUGCACCACCCAGGCUACGCCGACCCUCUCGUCUUCCUAGCACUCUUUUGGUGUUUGCUAUGGCAGUUUUCGGUGGCCUGAUCCAUUGCAGUCAUGUGGCCAGCUUGCAUGAGAACCACCUCUCUUUCGCCUACUUGUCGAACAUCGAGCGCGAGCUGACCUUCCGAUCUGAGAUGGCCUUCUACUACUCUUUCUACAAGCAGAUACUUAUGGCUGAGAGCUUUUACAGUGGACUGGAUAGCCUUUUCAACGACACGAUGACAGAAUAUCCCGGCAUGUUGGGCUACUCAGCAUCUGGAGCGGUGACGAACGGUGUCCGAGUGUUGGAGCGAUUCAACGUCUACCCGGAGGUGAUUUUAGCCGGUCUCUAUCGCGUUCUUCGCUACUUUGAUCUCCUCCACUCGGAGUGUUUUGAGGUGGUUAUUGAGGGUAUAAGAAAAACCCACGCUCUCGCCGUGCCAGCCAAACAGAUCAACGUGAAUUCGAGUUUCUUGCCACCACUCGAGGCCAUAGGAACUUUCGCCGGGGAUAAGGUGUUGAGUUGCGAGGGUUCUCAUGAACCGCCCAUCUUCUACGUGAACAGCGUCUUCUGUCUCACUGGUCUCACUGUCAUGGGAUUAAUCCUUUCUGGCUGGCAGGUGGCCAAUAGCGGCAGUGGAGGCGGCUGUGGCGGUGGCAGCGUCUUCUCAUUGGCCACCACGAUUUGGGGUGCUGUGUUGCCAUUGGUGGGCUUCUUCUUCAACCACGCGGAGGCCACACGAGUGCAGUGGUCGCCUCCGCUGAGGGAAUCCUUUGCAUAUCCCUUUUUUGUACUCCAGCAAUCUCUCCUCAUUUGGCUGUUGCAGGACAUUUCGCCUGUUCGUCGACAGCACCGCCACGCCUUCGUUCACCUCCUCUACGUCUUCCUCCUCCUCGCCUUCCAACUUCCCUGGCAAUUCGCUCAAUUCGCCUUACUCACACAACUCCUAGCUCUCAUUGCUACCUACGUGGUUGUCGCCUUGGUGACGUUCCUUUCAGUCUUUCCUCCAUCAACCCCCUCCACUGUCUCUGUCAAUGUCAGCUUUGGGGUACUCAGUGGCCUCGCCCGAUGUCUGCUGGAUGUGUUGGGAUGUCAACUGGUUGCGCUAGUUAUCUCGUGGGCUGCGCAGUUGGGAAAUCGGUUGCUGCUCACUUCUGCGUAUCUACCUUGUCUCGUCGGUUGUCUCUUUGGUUUGUUCGUCCACUGGAGCCUGUUAAACCGACGAAAAUGGACGAAUUCGAGGGCCAACCGAUGUGCGCAUCUCCUCGUUUUGGUGGUGAGUUGUCUCGUGGCGGCGUUGGUCGCGCGCUUAUUGCUACGGCAGCUGGUGGUCGAUUUCUCCGACGGUGCUCACAUUGUGGAUCUGGUGAAGGUGAAACUCCUCCGUGGCAACCGCACUUUCCACACCCAACUUUAUACCUGCUCGGAGACGUUCGACUUUCUUCCGAUGUCCACUUUGUUGGAGUUGACACGGACCGGUUUGUUGCCGUGCGCGGCGUUAGCAGUUCUUGUGACUAUUCGACAACUUCUUCUGCCCUGUCGAUCGGACCAUACCAUCUCCACCUCCGCUUCCUCCACUGCAUCCAAGGCAGCAGCAACAACGACAGCGCCGACAAAGAAGUUGGAUGGACGAUCAGUAGUGGAGGAUGACAGUGAAGCUAGCGAUGGCGAGGCUGGCGCAUCCACAGUUUCAUUCAAAUCUCGGUGCCUGCAGGAGCAAAUCCUCUUGGCUCGAGCAACACCCGGCUUCAUUUCUGACGUUAUCUCCGUCUUUGUCAUCAUGCAGCUUUUCGCAUUUGGGGUACUAGCGGUGCUGGUGAUGCGGUUGAAGCUCUUUUUUACGCCACAACUCUGCCUCGCACUGGCAAUUCUCGCCCAGCCGCGUCUCUACUUUGGUUCGCAAAAAAUCCUCCCCCAAAUUAUGUCCAUCAAUCAGAGGGAGACGAGGAAAAGGCGUAGGUGUGCUUACCACCCCACCGCUGCUGCAUUUGCUCCGUCGUGGAGAAAACUGCUAGUCCUUCACACCAUCUUUAUCCUAGCGGUGGUUUUUGCUGCACAGAGGGGAAUGCACAACCUCCGAGAGGAGUGGAGCAAGCGAGGUCAAUUCUCCGACUUUACCAUGGAGACACUGCUUCAUUGGGCAGCCCAACUGCCGCCUCCACCACCAGCGCCGCAUCCAGAUGUAUGGGUUUUCAGCGGUGCCAUGCCGACCAUGGCAACGUUGCGCCUCGGACUCGUCGUACCCUCCCUCCCGUCGUCGAAUCUGUCGGCAAUCAGCACGCCGAGUGGUCAGCGUGCGCGCUUUGCAGUCACCAACCAUCCCCACUACGAGAACGCCGCGAUUCGUUGGCGCACUGAGCUCGCCUACGCAGUGUGCAGUCGCAAACCGGUGGAGGCGGUGUGGCGCAUUUACCGGCACGUUUUAAAGGUUGAUUUCGUUGUGAUGGAGCGUGAUUGGUGCCUCAGCCCCGGAGCGAAGCCGGGCUGUUCCUCAGUGGAGUUGUGGGACCUCCUUGAUCCCACACUGGCUGGUCCCGGUGCCCCAGGUCCACUAUGUAAAGCUGCUUUCGAGGAAGCGCCUCUACCGGAGUCAAUUUCACGUUUUUUUAGCCCCGUAUUCAGUUGCCCGUUCUGGAGUGCCUCAUUCCUUCGUUCAUUCGUCCAAUCGGCUGCCUAUCCAUUUUUCCAUGCCUGA